ACCAACCCACAUUCUGCUGCUCACAGAAUAAUUUUAUUCAAGCCAACGCCGUCAUCGCUCACUUCGAAGCCAAGGAAUGUUGCUCUGGUCGCUGCGUUGGGACAGAGGUGUUUUCCCGUUAUAGGUCUUCUUCCAGAUGGACCGUGUUGCCUACAGUAACUGAGCGAGUUUGACAUAUUGGAUAUUUUUUUCGAUAAACGAGUGUUGUACCGACAGCGGGCACUUUAUUGAGGUCUUGUUGCUCUGCUUUCUCAAUUACAUUGAACUUUGAAAUCCAGCUAUCACCUACAGGUUCGGGAUCACGUUGAGGAAUGUAAACGGGUCACUGAACAGAGAAGAGGCAGGACGAGGAACACUGCUGGUGCUAACCUGGACAUUAUUCAUCAACAACAGAGCUGCUGAUAAAAAGCUAAGAACUUCCGUGGGAUACCAUUUUGGGGGGUCAUCAUUGUGGCUGGUCACUGAUAUACUGAGAUAUGGGUUCUAGCCUGACAUGUGCGGGCGUGGUGUGGGCUCUGCUCUCCUUCCUGUGUGCGGCGGCCUCCUGUGUGGGUUUCUUUAUGCCAUACUGGCUCCUAGGGUCCCAGAUGGGUAAACCGGUCUCCUUCGGGACCUUCCGGCGGUGCUCGUACCCGGUGCGUGAUGAGGUUCGCCAGGCCACGGUGAUGCUGGAGCAGUGUGGGCGUUACGCCUCCUUUCAGGGUAUCCCCAGUUUGGAGUGGAGGAUCUGUACGGUGGUGACGGGGGUGGGCUGUGGCCUGCUGCUCCUGGUGUCCCUCACGGCCCUAAUGGGCUGCUGUGUGUCUGACCUCAUCUCCAGGACCAUCGGACGCGUGGCCGGGGGCAUCCAGUUUGUAGGGGCAUUGCUGAUUGGGUCGGGGUGUGCACUCUACCCUCUAGGUUGGGACAGUGAGGAAGUCCGACAGACGUGCAGCAACAGAUCCAACCAGUUUGAGCUUGGUUCUUGUGAGAUUGGCUGGGCGUUCUACUGCACGGGAGCAGGGGCAGCAGCAGCCAUGAUGUUAUGUACCUGGAUGGCCUGCUUCGCUGGGAAGAGACAGAAGCAGUACCCGUACUGAUGGCAUCAAGGCAGGACGGCCAUGAUGACCACCUGAAACAACACUUGUCAUCACCAAACAUUUGAGACUCAGAGCAAGGGAGAAUAUCAGGGGGACAGAGUCUGUAGGCUAGCUAUGCACUCUGUCAUAACGAAAAGUAAACGAGGGGACCACCUUGUGCUGUAUUUGAUGCUGCAGUAGAAAGCAAUACACAACACACGUAAUGAGACACUCCAUCGUUCUGCAGUGCACUUCAAAGAGUGGAGUCUACAUACUUGGUCGUCAUUGACAACAAGAGCAAAAACAUGUGUUUCCAUCUCUCUUCUCUAUUUUCCAUGUGUUGGUUGCUCCUCUAUUCCCCCUCUAGUCUGUCAUGUUCCAGACCCUGUACUAUAACUCUUCAUGGUAACUGAAGUAAUGGCACAACCUGUGGUAAAGAGAAAUGACUCUACUUUUGAUGUUACUUUGUUAUUGUGAGUAUUUGAUAUCCUGUAUUUAAUUAAUAUGUUAUGUACCCCCAAGUUGGCUUAGUGUUGCCUUAAAUAUAUAAACCUUUACUGGUAACUUGCUAUAAUUUUGAACUGUUAUGUCUAUUUACAGUAUAUCUAUAAACAGGGAUUAUUGAAGUCCCUAACCAUGUACAUCUGUCAAAUAUGAAUGAUGUUUUUGUGUAUUAUGUUUAUUGUAUUAUAAUAACAUAUUCGCACCUUUUGUGUGAAACACUGUCUUAUUUGACCUGGUUUUGUAAAUACAUUGUAAAUAAAUAUUGUUACUUUAAAGUCAUAAUUAAUUAAUAAAACGUUCAGCAGUGGAGAAGUUGUAGUUC